UUUGGAAAAAGCUCUUGGAGAAAUGGGCUGUGCAUUUCUCUUGCAGGACCCGGGCCUGCUACUAUAUUCUGUUCUUUGAGACUGGAGAGCACUGUCGCGGAGAAAAAGAAAGGAAUAGGACGAAAAAACAAAAGGGAGGUUAGCGAGACGCUGGGAGCAGAAGCAGUGAAGCAGCGAGAGUAAGGUAAAGAGAUAGAGAGAGAAUCCGGUGAGGCCAGUACAGACCUCCCCCACCGCCGCCGCCACCAGCACCAAAAAAAAAAAAGGCGACGGGGUCGCUUAUGCAUCCCAAUAGCCGCGGCAUAAUUCGUAGAGAAUAAUCUUUAAGUAGGUUUGCUUUCACAAUUCAUAUAUGUGUCGUAAUAGCAUGGAACAUGUGGUAUUCAUUGCUCGCAAAAGCAUUGAUGUUUGCUUGCCAUCGCUACAUUCGUCCCCUAAACGCAAGAGCCUUCAGUGAUAUAAGCUAUGCUCACAUCAACCACUUGCUCGAUGCAUUUCCUCAUAGAGAGCUCUACUCUCUCAACUGCCAACUCGCUUCUUUCUCUCGCAAUGGCAACUUUCUUGCCACUUGGGCCCUUUUUUGCCAUAUGCAUAGUGUUUGUCCUAAGUUUGAUGCUUACACUUUCACGCCAAUUCUCGGCGCUUGCUCUGCUUUGCCUGGGCCAGAACGUGGCAGACAAGUUCAUGCUCUAAUGCUCAAAACUGGCACUGAUCUAGGAACUGUGACCAAAACUGCUCUUAUUGAUAUGUACUCGAAGUAUGGUUACUUGGGUGACUCGGUAAAGGCUUUCCAAGAGGUGAAAUUCCAAGAUGUUGUGAGUUGGAAUUCUUUGUUUUCAAGCUUUUUAAGGCAUGGGCUUGCCAAGGAAGCACUAGGGGUUUUCUCAAAAAUGAGGAGGGAAGUAGUGGAAUUUAGCGAGUUCACACUAUGUUCUUUGCUUAAGGCUUGCGCCUCUAUCGCGGCUUUUCAACCAGGUAAGCAAGUUCAUGCCUUGGUGGUUGUGACGGGCCGUGAUUUGGUUGUUUUGGGUACUGCUCUUAUUGAUUUUUACUCUAGCAUUGGGCAUAUUAGUGAAGCCAUGAAAGUAUUUUCUACUUUGAGUUGGACAAAGGAUGAUGUGAUGUGCAAUUCUUUUAUUACUAGGUGUGUACAGAAUAGGCGAUAUAAAGAGGCAUUUUCAAUCAUAAGUGUUAUGAAACCAAAUGUAGUUGCCCUCACUAGUGCUCUCUCAGCUUGCUGUGAGAAUUCAGACCUGUGGAUUGGUAUGCAGAUCCACUGCGUAGCAACAAGAUUUGGGUUUACUUCGGAUACUCAACUUUGCAACAAAUUAAUAGACAUGUAUGCAAAAUGUGGAAAAAUUUUGAAUGCUAGAUCAUUGUUUAAUGGGAUUUUUCAUAAAGAUGUUGUUUCUUGGACUAGCAUGAUUGAUGCAUAUGGUAGGCAUGGACAUGGGCAUGAAGCUCUGGAACUGUUCAGUAAGAUGGAACAGGAGGGAAAUAAGGUUUCACCGAAUUCUGUGACAUUCCUUGCUGUGCUAUCCGCUUGUGGGCAUUCAGGGUUAGUGGAAGAAGGGCGCGAACUUUUCAACUUAGUAGAGAAGAAAUGUGGUUUAGUCCCAGGCGUGGAACACUAUUCCUGCUUAAUAGAUAUCUUAGGCCGGGCUGGCCGAAUGGAAGAUGUAUGGUGCCUGUUUGGUGAUAUGGAGAAAAAUGGCAUUAGGCCAACAGCUGCUGUGUGGGCAGCCCUUAUGAAUGCUUGCCGUAUUAAUUUGGAUGUUGCGAGGGGUGAGCUUGCUGCAAAGAAGCUGUUGGAAUUAGAACCAAAUAAUCCUGGGAAUUACAUAAUGCUAUCCAAUUUUUAUGCAUCGCUUGGAAUGUGGGAUUUUGUAGACAGCUUGAGAGGCCAUAUGAAGGAGAGUCGGCUGAUCAAGGAGGCGGGGAAUAGCUGGGUUACUGUUCCACAUUUGGUACCAACUUCAUAACAAAUUUGUAGUGUGUUUUAUUAUUAUUGUUAUUAAACUGAGAGAAAGGGAUGGUGUUUACACUUUAAACUUCUGCAUUUUUUAUAUUCUAGAUGCUGACCAAGGGAAGAAAAAACAAUUAUGGGAGUUUCUUUUAUGAUAUAGGAGACAAAUUGUUGAAUGGGAAGGAAAUGUACUGAUUCUAACAUUUUUCAACACUUCGAUAGACAUAAAUUUGGAUAA